AAAACACAACAACCGUUUUGAAUUUAAAAUUUCGAGUUUCGGGGUUUCAAGUGAUUUUUUGUAUUGUGAUUUUCUGAAGAGACAUAGGAUAAAAGACCACAAAAGUAACCAAGAAAACAAACAAAAAAACAUAAGAGGAAACAAAAGUUAUCGAGAAAUUGCCACCAAAGGCUAUAAAGGGAAAUGGAAUGACCAGAGCUGCCUUUGGUGGCCCAGACGUUGUUGCAUAGCCAAAGGAAAAUGCUGCAACAAGCGGCCAUUAUUGAGUCAGCAGCAGGAGCAGGCGUUGGCGUAGUAGGAGGCGCACGAGCUAAUCAAACGGCCAACAAUGGGCAGCGGCGACGUGUUGCAGGAGCAUCAGCAGCAGCAACAACCGGCUACAAUAACAACAAUCAUCACCAGCAGCAGCAACAGCAGCAGCACCACCAGAGAAGCAACUCAAAGAAAUUAAACCAAAUGCAUUCCAACGAAGAGCCACCCAUGACAGUGAUUGUCGAUGGGGGCGAUGGCACAAGCGGGGCCGGACAGCAAUCGCAGAGAUCGUCCCGCUCCCAAGGCAGUCAGAGAGUGCGUAAAACGAGUUCCUCCACCAAUGCCAAGGCAUCGACUUUAGUGCGCGCAACUAGUAUAGCAAAUUCAUCCGCAGCGACAGCCACAGCGGCAGCGGCACGUCACCAUCGUCCACAUCGCCAGCCAUCGAAUGCCUCGGCAUCGGCGGCACGAGAUCGCCACCGUGAGCGGGAUCGUGAUCGUGACCGCGAUCGUGAGCCUGCUCCUGUACGUCGUCGGGCGGGUGGUGGCCGACGUCAUAGUGGCGUCUCAUCCACAUUGGGGCCAUUAUCCGGUGGCAAUUCAUCGACCGCUUCCAGUUGUAACGGCAGCUGCAGUUCUGAUGACGGUGACGCCUCAUCGCACACUUCCUCAUCCUCGUCAUCCAGCUCAUCGUCCGGAGAACCAAAUCUACCCUAUCCUGGCUUCCCAGAGAUAUCGAUGAUGGCACUAACUCAGUAUACGCGGCCACGCAACUGGUGCCUGAUGCUCAUUACAAAUCCGUGGUUUGAGCGAGUCUCCAUUCUGGCCAUCCUCCUGAAUUGCAUUACCCUAGGCAUGUAUCAGCCCUGUGUGGACGAUGCCUGUGUAACGAAUCGCUGCAAGAUACUGCAGAUCUUUGAUGACAUCAUUUUUGCAUUUUUCGCUUUGGAGAUGACCAUCAAAAUGGUUGCCAUGGGCAUGUGCGGCAAGAAUACGUAUUUUGCCGAUUCAUGGAAUCGCUUGGACUUCUUCAUUGUGUUAUCCGGUCUGCUGGAAUAUGUGAUGCAUGUGGAGAAUCUCAAUUUGACGGCCAUACGAACGAUACGAGUGCUGAGGCCAUUGCGGGCGAUCAAUCGAAUACCAAGUAUGAGAAUUUUGGUGAUGCUUCUGCUGGAUACGCUGCCCAUGUUGGGCAAUGUCCUGUUGCUCUGUUUCUUUGUGUUCUUCAUAUUUGGCAUUAUCGGUGUACAGCUGUGGGAAGGCAUAUUGCGGCAACGUUGCACUCUAGAUCGAUCGAAGGGCAUGAUAUAUCCCAUAACGAUACCUGAAGUGUACAGAGUUCGAGUCCGAGUUAACUCUUUGUCGCAAUAUUACGAGUUCUCCAAGGAUCAGGAUUAUAUAUGCUCCACACCAAAUGAUUCUGGAAUGCAUCUUUGCGGAAAUUUUCCACCCUAUCGCAUCGGUUCGCUUGUCUGUAAUGACGAAGCCAAACUCUUCGACUUCAAUGAGCCAACAAACACAUCGUGCGUCAAUUGGAAUCAGUAUUAUACAACAUGCCAACCGAGCUUUGAGAACCCAUUUCAGGGCACCAUUUCAUUUGACAACAUCGGCAUGGCCUGGGUGGCCAUUUUCCUGGUCAUCUCACUGGAGGGCUGGACGGACAUAAUGUAUUACGUGCAGGAUGCGCACAGCUUUUGGGAUUGGAUCUACUUUGUGCUGUUGAUUGUGAUUGGCUCGUUUUUCAUGAUCAACUUGUGCCUUGUGGUCAUCGCCACCCAAUUCUCCGAGACAAAGAAACGUGAAAUGGAGCGAAUGAGACAGGAACGGGCCAGAUAUACAUCGACCUCAACAUUGGCCAGCAGUACAAAUAAUUCAGAGCCGGCGACAUGCUAUGCGGAAAUCGUCAAAUACAUAGCCCAUCUCUGGCGACGCUUCAAAAGACGAAUGUUAAAGAAAUAUCAGCGGCAACAGCGCAAAGAGGGACUUUUGCCCAAUGCCGAUAAUCUGACCUUUUCGCCAUCACGCAUCAAAUGCCAUCAUCCAAAGUGCCCUAAGUACAGUGCGCGUAAGCCGUCCAGCAUACAGGAUCAGAUGAUAACUGUUAUGGUGCCCCUGAAUUCCAACAAUAACAAUAACAAUAAUAACAAUAGCAACGGCAACGGCAGCACCAGCAAUGGCAACAAUGCGCCCAGCUGCACCACAGUAGCCCUGGUCAAUGGGAUCAAUGGCAGUGCGGCAAGUGUAACGAUGGGCCCCAUGCAAGGCCAACAGCAGCAGCAUUCCUCAUCCGAAAAUACAGAGCAAUCAAUGGGCGGCGAAGGCUCUGGCCUGGGGCCACGUCAAUCCUCGCUAAAGAAGUCCUAUCACAGUCACAAUCUGCAGCAAUUGAAACCGGAGGGCAGUGCUGCCGAACAGAAGACAAUUCUAUUGAAAUUCCCCCAACAGGUGAUCGAUUCGGAGCAACUGAUGCUGCAGUUGGGAAAUUUGGGCAAGAGUCAUCCCUGCACCUCAGGCUUUCUCAGUCCACCCACAUCGGCCAGUCGUCGUCCGUCGGUGAUGUUCAAUGAAUAUGUUUUACUUCACACACCGCCAGCAUUGAGCAAUGAUGGGCCAAGUGGUUCAUCGGCUGGCUCAACAGCAGCUGGAGUGAUGCCGGCAGCAGGAGCCACAUCCACAUUAUCAGUGGGCGCCAGUACGAAUCUUAAUGGAGGCGGCGGUGCCGGCGGCGGAAGCUCUGCCAGUGUCGGAUCAAUUGAUAAAAACAGUCACAAUAUAUUUUCCACGGAAAAAAUGACACAAGCGGGCGAUGGCAGCAUCUGGCAGGUAAACCUACCGCAAUCCAUUGGCACCAUUGCCAAUGCCUAUACAGAUUGCUCCGAACUGGGUAUACACGAUGCCAUGACUUGUCAAGAGCUUUUAGCAUUUUCUGUGGCCUUCUCGGCAGCCUUGCCAACGGGUCAGAGUACCCUGGAGUCGUUCUACACAUCGCUUGCCCGCUGUGAUCCACACACCGCGGAGGCUCUCAAGCAGCAAGUGGAGCAAGCAGCCUCCCCCAUGCCACCCCCCAUUGUCACUGCCACAACGACAGAUGCAACAACGACAACGGCAGCAGCGGCAGCAGCAGCAGCAGCAGUCGUUUCAUCCAACGAAACGCCGCAAGUUGCAGUUGUGGCUGAUGUUGCAACCCACCACGCCACCAGCACCACUAACACUACAAAUACGGCGAAUCGUCGCAGCAAAGACCAUCAUCAUCACCACAACAAUAAUAACAAUAGCCAAAGUCGCAAUAAUAACAAUGGACACGGUCAGGGGCAGAGUCAUCAUCGCUCCCGUGGAGGAGGUGGCGGUGGUGGUGGUCAUGCAUCGGCUGCCACCUCGGCUGUUGCCCCCAUCACGGGCAACUAUAUGGAAGACUAUGCCUGCUGCUACGAUCUCUAUCAGAAUGCUCUCUCCCCUCUCGACGAGCGCCAGCGUCAGAGAUCACCGGCCAUGCGGUGUCUAAUUGCUGUCUAUCGUUGCUUAUCGCGAGUCUGCAGCUGGAUAAGGCGCUACAUCCGACGAUUGGUCGAACACAAGUACUUCCAGCAGGGCAUACUGCUCGCCAUAUUGAUCAACACCCUGUCCAUGGGCAUAGAGUAUCACGAUCAACCAGCCGAGCUUACAGCAAUUGUGGAGACCAGCAAUGUUGUCUUUUCCGGCAUCUUUGCCGUCGAAAUGCUACUCAAGGUGGUAGCCGAAGGACCGUUCCGGUAUAUUGCCAAUGGCUUCAAUGUGUUUGAUGGCAUAAUUGUCAUACUCAGCGCCAUUGAAAUAUGCCAACAAUUUGUUGGCAAUGGCACUGGAGGCGGCGGUUCCGGCUUAUCCGUUUUACGUACCUUCCGCCUAUUACGCAUACUGAAACUAGUCCGUUUCAUGCCCAAUCUGAGAAGGCAAUUAUUUGUCAUGCUGCGCACCAUGGACAAUGUGGCCGUCUUCUUUUCCCUGCUGGUGCUCUUUAUAUUCAUAUUCAGCAUACUCGGCAUGUAUCUGUUUGGCGGUAAGUUUUGUAAAUUUUUGGACGAAUCCGGACUCGAACGUGAGUGCACAUGUCCCGAAAUAAUCAGCCGUCAUCCGCAAUGUGAGUGCGAUCGCAAACACUUCAACAACAUUUUGUGGGCCACAGUCACAGUAUUUCAAAUACUCACACAAGAGGAUUGGAACGUCGUCUUGUUCAACGGCAUGGAAAAGACAAGUCAUUGGGCCGCAUUGUAUUUUGUGGCCCUAAUGACAUUCGGCAAUUAUGUGCUAUUUAAUUUAUUGGUGGCCAUUUUGGUUGAGGGAUUCAGUUCAGAGCGAAAUGAACGUCGCGAGCGUGAACAACGUGAAUUGGUUAAAAAACUUCGCGAAGAAACAUUGGCCGAAAAUUAUAGCGAUGGUAUGUACGAUGAAUCGCGUAGCGAGGCGGAUUCAUCGACAACUAACGAUAGUUACUACGAGGUACGCAAUCGCUGGCGUAGUGCCGAGGAUGUGCGCAAGCUGCAGGACUCGGCCGAGCUGAUCAUCGAGGCCAAGAGCAAUAUGCAUCGUCAGCGGCUGCUGCAGCCGACCCAAGACUAUCAGAUAAAUGAGCUUCCGUCGUCGCAGGGCGGCAUGGCUGCCGCCUCUGGCCUGGCCGAUGAUGUUGCCGGCAGCAAGCUAAUGUUACACCAUGGCAUGGAGGAUGCCAAGCCACGGGGCGGUCUCAAAAAGACAUACUCCAUCAAGGACAGGCGGGGCGAUGCUUCGCGCCUCUCCAAAAUCCGGUUGGUACGCGAACCGCCCAUCAUCACAACAACGGCAGCCACGCCACAGGACUCGCCGAGCACCACACUAGAUCCGAGCAUGAGUUUUCGACAAUGGGGCGAUGUUGAGCCGCCCUGCUCACCGUCCCCAUCUCUGCUGAAGCCGCCAAACAUUUUCAGUGGCGGACAAAGGACACUGGACGAGGGCCUGCCAGUGCCAGCCAUCGAUCUGAUACCACCUUCGCCAGUGUUGGCCCACAAGCCGUUGAAUAUUCUUAAUGCCAGCCAACUGCAAGGACAUCCCGGAUCUGUGGGUGGAUCGGCACUGGCAUCGUCGGCGAGUAGCGGCAUUGCCCAAUUGCCUAGCACCUUGGCCAACAGCAUGCACAGCGUGAUUAUCGAUGAUAUUUCGAAGAACUCCAAUACCACUGUGGCAGCAGGCACACCCAUUUAUGUGCCCACCAUAUCCUCGACGGCAGCCACACUGCAGCCGGCGGUUGACAGUCAUCAGGGUCACAGUCACAGUCUCAGUGAUCUGUCGCCAUUGACGGUUUCUCUCACGGGUUCGGUUAGUGUCAGCUCCUGUGCGGGUGGUGGUGCAUCCACCAGUGGCAGUUCCUCCAGCGAACGAUUGCCACCAAUUGCCGCACCACCCACCACGAACAGUGGCAGCUUCAAGCAACGCUUUCGACGCAGUAGCUCCAAGAAACGUCCGCAACGGCUGCAGGAGGAUAGCGCAACGGGUGGAGGCAUCACUGUGCCCGAUGAGGAGGACGAGCAGCAGCAGUUAAACAACGGCACCGACAGCAGUUGCCUGAUGCGGGGCUCAGGUGGUCCUCUCGCCAGCCCCCUUCCCCAAGGGCCCUUGGCCCAUGGCUCCAAAGACACCAAUCGAUUAAGUCCACAGAAUUCCAUACGUCGCCUGUCCAACACCUUGAGCAUUGGCAGUGGUCCAGUGGGCAGUCGACGGGCAUCAGCCUGCAUAUUCAACUCGCAGGUCUACCAGAAUCUAAAUCAGCCACCCAAACUGCGAGCCGGAGCUGGCCAACGAAGGAUGAGCUCCAUCGAGUUGGCGUUCAGCAAAACGUCGCACCUCAAUCUUCAUAAUUUGGAGGCGAAUCGAAAGUCCCUAUCGUAUACCAACUCAAAACUAGAUCUGGACAAAUGGAAUAAGUCCUAUGGCAAUCUCAAUGAUCCGGACAACAUGUUACAGCAGUACAUGGAGGCAAGGGAUAAGCGCAAAAACUCGAUUAGCCAUUAUAAUCUCAAGAAGCGACUAGAGGAAAAGGAACUGCAACAAUUGCAGCAAUUGCAUCAGCAAGAAUUGAUGCAACAGCAACAGCAGCAAUGCCAGCAGCAACAGGACUCUCAUCAAAUGUCAAUGAUGAUGUCCAGUGGUCAGUUGCAUCCACAAUAUUCCAUGGUUCCUUCCAGUGGGGAGCAUGUGUCCAAAUUAAAGAUACUUAUCAAUCGUCUAACGCCCAAACAUUUUACCGCCGAACGAGAGUCAUACUCCAUGUACAUUUUUCCGGAGGAGAACAGGUUCCGGCAAAUCUGCACAUGGUUCGUGAAUCAGAAAUGGUUCGACAAUGUUGUACUGCUUUUCAUUGCACUCAAUUGCAUUACAUUGGCCAUGGAAAGACCAAAUAUCCCUCCAAGCAGCACCGAAAGAUUGUUCCUGUCAACAGCCAAUUACGUGUUCACCGUUGUCUUCACUGUAGAAAUGUUUAUUAAGGUAGUUGCCACGGGCAUGUUUUAUGGUACGGAUGCAUAUUUUACAUCCGGUUGGAAUAUCAUGGACGGAUCUUUGGUUACCAUUUCGAUAAUUGAUUUGUUAAUGUCAUUGAUUAGCGAAUCGAGUCCAAGGAUAUUUGGGAUUUUAAGGGUGUUUCGACUACUUCGUUCCCUGCGGCCACUGCGAGUGAUCAACCGCGCCCCGGGUCUGAAACUAGUCGUGCAAACGCUCUUAUCGUCCCUGCGUCCCAUUGGCAACAUUGUGCUGAUUUGCUGCACCUUCUUCAUCAUUUUCGGCAUCCUGGGCGUUCAGCUAUUCAAGGGGACCUUCUUCUAUUGCGAGGGCGAGAACAUCAAGAAUGUGCGCACGGCGGCCGAGUGCCGCAGCAUACCGGGAAAUGUGUGGACGAAUCGCAAAUACAAUUUCGAUGAUCUCGGCAAGGCAUUGAUGUCUCUGUUCGUGCUCAGUUCGCGUGAUGGCUGGGUGAACAUCAUGUACACAGGACUGGAUGCGGUCGGUGUCGAUCAACAGCCUAUUGUGAACUACAACGAGUGGCGUCUCUUGUACUUUAUUGCAUUCAUUCUGCUGGUGGGCUUCUUCGUGCUCAACAUGUUUGUCGGUGUCGUUGUGGAAAAUUUUCAUCGGUGUCGCGAGGAGCAGGAGAAGGAGGAGAAGAUUCGCCGAGCUGCCAAACGAGCCCUACAGAUGGAGAAGAAACGCAGGCGCAUGCACGAGCCGCCGUAUUACACGAAUUACUCGCCGACUCGCAUGUUCGUUCACAAUGUUGUAACAUCGAAAUACUUUGAUCUGGCAAUAGCAGCUGUCAUCGGUCUGAAUGUGGUGACCAUGGCCAUGGAAUAUUAUAGAAUGCCUAAUCCAUUGAAAUAUGCGCUGAAGAUCUUCAAUUAUUUCUUCACGGCGGUGUUCAUACUUGAGGCGAACAUGAAACUAGUCGCAUUGGGAUGGAAGCUGUAUUUAAAAGAUCGCUGGAAUCAACUGGAUGUCGGCAUUGUCUUACUCUCCAUUGUGGGCAUUGUGCUGGAGGAAUUGGAAACGAAAUUCAUACCCAUCAAUCCCACCAUCAUACGUGUGAUGCGGGUUCUGCGCAUCGCCCGUGUUCUGAAACUCCUCAAAAUGGCCAAGGGUAUACGCGCCCUGCUCGAUACCGUUAUGCAGGCCCUACCCCAAGUGGGCAAUCUCGGAUUGUUGUUCUUCCUGCUAUUCUUCAUAUUUGCGGCAUUGGGCGUGGAACUGUUCGGCCGACUCGAGUGCUCCGAUGAAAUACCCUGCCAGGGCUUGGGCGAGCACGCGCACUUCGCCAACUUUGGCAUGGCUUUCCUCACAUUGUUUCGCGUAGCGACUGGCGAUAAUUGGAACGGCAUCAUGAAGGACACGCUGAGGGAUAACUGCGAUGACGCGGCUGAUUGCGUACGCAAUUGCUGCGUCAGCUCGGUCAUUGCUCCCAUAUUCUUUGUGAUAUUCGUGCUAAUGGCGCAAUUCGUUUUAGUGAACGUCGUCGUGGCUGUUUUGAUGAAACAUCUCGAGGAGAGCCACAAGCAAAUGGAGGACGAGCUCGAUAUGGAGGUGGAGCUCGAGCGCGAGCUGGUGCGUGAACAGGAAUUCGCCCAGGAACAGAAGCUGUGCCAGCAGCUGGCGGAGGCGCAAGCGAAGGCGCCAGCUCCCCCGCGCCCCCUGGCCAAGGUUAAAUCGCUGCCGAAGAAUUUCAUCUACAGCACACCGUCGCUGGAUAAGAAAUUCCCUCCACUGACCCUAGCGGGCAGCCUCAACAGUACCGGUGGUAACACAAACACGGGCAGUCCGGGACCGAACCAAGGCCAGACGGGUGCGGCAACGGGAGCGGGAGCUCGCCGCCAAACCGUACAGUACUUCAAUCAGCCACCAUUAAGCAAUGGCCUCGGCCUAAGUCUGGCCGAAAUGGGCGGCACGCUGUCGCCUCAGGUGCUGGGCUCGCCCUUCGGUGGCCUUUCGACGACGGCAGGCGCAGCCUCAAUAGCUGCUGAGUCAGCGAGUCUGCAACUGCCGCCGUUGGGACGCCGCGGGCGACGCGCCUCGGCCGCAGCCGGCUUCCGUAAGCGCGGCGUGCUGUCCAAAGAACGCUCGCUGGACGAGCAGGCCAUUCGACGACGCAAUCUGGAGGCCAAGCGCACCAGCUGCGACUCGCUGCCCUGGGGCGGGGACGCCCUCGACUGCAGACGGGGCACGAUCUUCGAGAGCCUCGAGUCGGAAGCAGACAUACGAAGCAUACGCAGUGCGGAUGUGACGCGACAUAGUGAACCAGACGAAUCUCUAGCUGUGGUCAGUAGCAGCAGCACUAGCAUACCAGCUUCACCCACACCUACACCUACGCCCACGCCCAUGCCCAUACCCAUGGCGUUGCCGAUUGGCAUGCCCAUACUUACACCCACCACACCGAUAAGCAAUCAACCGCCACCACGUCGACCCUUUGGCUGGUCACAGUCUGUGGAUCAAGGAUGCGGUCGGAGCAGCCUCUUGCUCUCCGUGCCACGCUCAAUGCCGCCCAGGAGUCGUAGUGGCAGCACCAAACAGCUUUUCAAACAACAAGCCCUAGACGAGGACGCGGAUAUGGAUGAGAGUUCGCUUCUGCUACCCACACUAAGUCUCAGUGGAGGCGGUGCUGGUGCAGGCGGCGGCAGCAGUAGCAGCAGCGGUGGCGGCGGAGGAGGAGUCGGAUCGGCCACUAAUCUUGAGGAUUCAAGUGCUCAGACAGCGGAGAUUUCCCCAGCCCUGACCAAAUCCGAUUCGGCCGAUAUUUUGCGCAUCAUUAGCGAGCGUCGUCGCAUGGAUCAGCGGGAUCAGCAACAAGGCGGCGACAGCGGCGGCGCCGGAGGCAAUGACAUCGAGAACGAGGACAGAGACAAUGACUACAACGAGUUGUUGCUCGUCAAGUCUCCGCAAUCGUCAAUGGACUAAUGAUACAAUAUAUUAAACUCCACCUUUCUGAUAUCCUGUCUUGCUGUCUGUCACUGUCUCUGCAAACCUUAGGGAAUUUUCUAACACUGAAACUUAAAUGUAACUAUGUAUAACUACCAUUUAAUCGAUAGGCAAUAGCAUUAACAAAUAACGAUAACAUUAUCGAUAGCCAUAAACUAUUACAACUACAAUGUGAUAGGAAAUCAAUUGGAUUUGAAUAGUUAAAAAACACGAAGAAAAUAAAAACACAAAAAAUAUGAAUUUGCUAUUGAA